GUUUACAUAUAAUUUCGGGACACACCGACUUUCAAAACGAGCACAACAAAACUUUUUCCCGUUUGACGUAGAAUCAGGAAGUCACGGGAUAGUUUUGCUUCGGUUUUUCGAGUAUCAAAACAGUGUGAAUGUUGCUUUAUCUACAUUUACAAAAUGAGCCGAAUUUAUAACAACACGUCCUUGCAGAAUAAACCUGUUCAUAAUGAGAAGAUUGGGCACGCGUGGUCCCCCUCCUCAUAUCAGAGUGGUCUAGGUGUCAUAUUAGAGGGAAAGUUGGUUGAUGUCUCACGCCAUGUUAUCUCUGACGUCAACAAUCAGAAGGACCGUUUCUAUGUCCUAUACAUCAAACCUUGUCGAAUCCACCAAAGGAAAUUUGAUGCUAAAGGAAUGGAAAUGGAACCAAACUUCAGUGAACCCAAAAAGGUCAACACAGGUUAUCUCAUGUCAUCAUUCAAGGUGGAGGCUAAAGGAGAGACUGAUUGCCUCACUGAAGUCCAGCUGGAAAACCUAGUGACCAAGGAGGAUCUGGUGAAAGUGACAGGGAAACACUGUCCAAGUGGGACCUACGCUUUCUGGUACCCAGAGGGAGAGAUGGGCAAGACUGAACUAGAAACAGGCCAGGACAUUAGACUGAAAACCAAAGGCGAUGGCCCAUUUAUUUUUUCCUUGGCCAAAAUCGAUGGAGGCACAGUGACCAAGUGCAAUUUUGCCGGAGACAAAGAGGCAGGAGCAUCGUGGACAGACAAAAUAAUGGCCAACAAAUCAGAUGCCAGCAGUGCAACGAAGUCUGAAGGCAAGGGCGAGGGAGCAGAUGAGGAGGAAUGGGAUGAUUGAGGAGAUGAAUGGAAUUGCACAGUAAAACCUCCUUAUUCCUAUGUUGGUUUGUACGCCACGGUUCCAGCCACCAACGUUGCUUGUGCAGCAUAUGCACACUAAAAAGGAAGAGGCUUGUUUCAUUUUUUAAAUGUUGCUUUUUAUUCAGCACUCCUUUUGUAAUAUAGAGUUCUCUACAAGAAAUUGACAAAUCUGGCUAUUGCAGUGUAUCUUCGGUAUAGGGGUGUAAAAGUAUUGCUUUGAACCGGUCUUUGGUAAACAGCAUACAUGCUUUACCCCUCUACUAAUUCUCUAUUGAGAAUGUAUCCUUGUUUGUAGAAGGGUACAAAUGAUAUGUACUGCACAUAUUAACCUUGUAAUAAAACAAAUGGCAAUUUA